AUGACUAUUCCAAAAGAGAAUGAAACAACAGAUCUAAUUGAUAUUUUACCAGACGAACUUAUGAUAAGCAUUUUCAAAUGGCUCCCGUUAGAGACAAUUCUGGAAUGCGAGAAUGUAUGCAGCCGAUGGAAAAAGUUAGCUCGUGAUGCAGGGCUUUGGAGACAAAUUGUGCUUACUUACUCUGGCAAACCAGGCAAAAGCGAAGUAAGCGAGAAAAAUCUAGCAAUCAUCAAAACACAUCAAGAUUGUAUACGCUGUCUGAAAAUACAGUAUGUUUAUAGUUAUCCUGAGAUCAAAUCACUAAUACAACAAUGCCAGAAUCUCAUAUCAUUAGAAAUUGUAAUGUGUCGUAUUGGUAAAGAUUUUGAAGAAAACAUCACAAAAUGGCCGAAUCUAAAGAAAAUUAAUUUGAAAAACUCACUUCUGUUAACGAGAAACGUAGAUUUAACGAUUGCUUACGAUAGUUUAAAGUAUCUGAAGCAUUUAACCUUAUCAGAUUUUGGUCUGCCCCUAGAGACCCGUGAUACUUUGUUGCGUUGUAAUCAUUUGAGCCAUAUUUUCAUAGAGAAAGUAAGAAAUCUCGAUUUAGAAUACAUACAUAGAUUAAUCAAUUCGAAAAUGGAAAUUCUCAAAGCUUUGCAUAUAUACGGAGCGGAUAGUGUAAAUGAUGAAACUUUAUACAUGUUGUCCCAAUGUAAAUUAUUAAAAGACUUGGCCAUAAUACGUUGCGAGAAUCUCACUGAUGCCGGAUUUAUCAAUUUGGCCAAUUUAAAAAUAAUAGAACAUUUACAAAUUUGGAAUAAUUCAAACUUUUCGGAGGCUAAUUUACGGAGAACCUUAGCAAGUUCUUCCCUAGUGCAACUCAAAAGUUUAAGUUUAUCCAGAAUCGGUAAUAUUUCUCCCUUAAUAAUUGACGUGAUUUCUGAAUACUACAAGAAUCUCAAAUUUCUUGCUAUUUAUCAAUGUCCUCGAAUUAUAAACACAGAUUAUGAAAAACAGUUAAAGUCAAAAUUAAGAAAUAUUGAAGUCGUACUUUAUUAA